CGCUGCGGCCAGGAUGGAGACCUUGGACAUGGAGGACGGCACGGAGGGACUGCUCACGGACGUGGGCUUCAUGUUCGACGCGUGUCUGGAGAAGGUCACGUGCCGCUACGAGUACGGCGCCAACAACGACGUGUCGGUGCUGCUCACGUACGCCAAGGAGGAGCCCGGCGCGCUGCAGUCCGGCCACUACGUGUGGCCCGCGGCGCCCGCGCUCUGCGAGUACCUGGCCGCGCACCGCGACGCCAUCCCGAGCGGCAACGUGGUGGAGCUGGGCGCCGGCUGCGGGCUCACGGGUCUGGCCGUGGCCCAGCUGCGGCCCGACGCCACCGUCAUCUUCACGGACCACGACCCGGGCGUGCUCAAGGUCAUCGAGCACAACACCGGCCAGCAGGAGCGCGCGCAGGCCACGUGCCUCACGCAGAGUCUGCGCUGGGGACCCGACGGUGCCAAGGAGAUCGAGGCGCUCGAGAGGUUGCAGACCGGCCCGGCGGGCAGCAAGCACGCCACAGAGCUGAUCGUCGGCUCGGACGUCAUCUACGCGCGCGAGGUGGUGCCGCUGCUCUUCUGGACUGUGGACAGGUUGCUGUCGCCCAGCGGCGUGUUCCUCAUGUGCUCGAGCUUCGGCUAUGACAAGGACACAGAGCGGGAGAUCGACGAGCAGAGCGCCAAGUGCGGGCUCAAGAGGGAGAUCAUCCAGUGCUCGCUCAGCCAGGGGGGCACGAGGAUCCAGUGCUUCACGCGGACAGCAACCAGGUAG